UUGUUGGCCGCCUCUUCUCCUCCAGUGUGUGGACCCACAUCUGAAUAUAGACUAGAGAAGAGAGUGUAUCUGCGGCAUUGUCUGGGAUUCAUUCAAGUGUUUUUCCUUCAUACUCAGCUCACCUUAACUUUACAGACAUGGCAAAACCCAGAGUUUUCUUUGACAUCACAGUGGGUGGCGCACCAGCUGGCAGGAUUGUAAUGGAGCUGCGGGCUGACGUGGUUCCAAAGACUGCAGAGAAUUUCCGAGCUCUCUGCACCGGAGAGAAAGGGAUCGGCUACAAAGGCUCCUCCUUUCACCGCGUCAUCACCAAUUUCAUGUGUCAGGGUGGGGACUUCACCAACCACAACGGAACUGGAGGCAAAUCCAUCUAUGGGGAGAAGUUUGCUGAUGAGAACUUCACGCUGAAGCACACAGGUCCAGGCAUACUGUCCAUGGCUAAUGCUGGGCCCAACACCAACGGAUCCCAGUUCUUCCUCUGCACAGUUGAAACUGGAUGGCUGGACGGGAAGCACGUGGUGUUCGGCAGCGUUGUGGAGGGCAUGGAUGUUGUCAGGGCAAUGGAGAAAGUAGGCAGCCAGAGCGGCAAGACUAGCAAAAAGGUUACCAUUGCUGACUGUGGCCAACUGUAACAGAGCAACAAAGCACUGUCUCUCUUCUCAAUCCUAAAGAUAUCUUCAUUCUCAGUAUCAAGCAGCUGAUGAACCCAAUCUCUUAAAUCCAAAUGAUUUCUUCUGCUUGAUAUUGGUGGCUAAAUAUUUUGUAAUCUGUUCUUUUGGGAUCUCAUUUUUAAAAAUAUAAAUAUAACUGUAAUCCAGAGGAUAGACCUUGAAUUUUCAAAUUAAAGAAAGUGAAAGCUUUG